AUGGCUUGUGUUAGAAAGAAACAAAUGAUAAUCGAGACCAAAGAACAAGAGAAUAAACCAAGUGGAGCUGAAGUUAUAGCAACGCUUGCGGACGCACAACUUAACAAUCCAGGUGAAGGCAAAGUUCUUUAUAUCCAAGGAGUUAAAAACAAUUGGAAUUGGAGAUCGAUGUGUUAUGCCAGCCAGAACUUUCGAGCUUACUACACUAUGCAACUUUUUGACGCUCGAGUUAACCUUACCAAAAGAGCUUUCGCAAAAGUAAUGGAAGAAGGUUUUGUUCCAAGAAACUACUUUAAGAGUAUCAAGACGGUGGCGAGCUUCGGAUGUGGCCCAGGUUGUGAUCUUUACGGCUUCAAAGCAUUUCUGGCGGAAGCUUUUCCGUUUAGCUCGCGUGGGAAGCUAUCGCCUCGAAUGACCGGAUAUGAUGUUGAGCUGGGAUGGAUGAAUUAUUUACUCAGUUUAGGCUUCGAUUUUGAACACCUUGAGGUAAACGAAGCUUUUCUGAACGAAUUUAGUGAAGCGGAUGUUAUCCUGAUGUCGUUCUGCACAAAGGAAAUUCUACGCGAAUUCAAUUCACGCGGAAGUUCAAAGUUUUGGAAACUGCUGACAGAGAAAGCGAAACUUCUUUUGAUAAUCGAUAACGCGAAAAGCUCGACUGAUGAUUUCCCUUCUGAAAAAGAGGAAUUUGAGCGUUUCUAUUUAAAUGACAUUCUGGGAAACAAAGCUGUUGUUUACUCUAAAUUCACAGCUGCUGAGUAG